CCUCGUUCUGGAGAUCUACAUGAUCAGAACAUCUACCAAUCAAAACCUCUGACCACUCCCCGGACCCUUGUGCGCUGCCUGUCUCAAAGUUACCAUUCAGUUUCCUCUUUCAUUCUGCUCCAUUUCUAAACGACUGAGAAAAAAUGGAACUGACAUCCAUGACUCCUACCUUCAAAAUCUCUUUGCUAAAUCCAGGAAGACAAGCAAGAUCAUAUGUCUCUUACUUAAUCACACCACUUUCCUGUUUAUCAUCUCCAGACCAAAUGACACCAGCCAAAACCCUCUUCAGUUCUCUCAAAAAGAGCAACAUUCUAUACGGGGAUAAUGCUAACACCAUAAAAAAUAUACCUAUACCAACCAUGACUGAAAUAUUGGCAGCAUCGAAGGCCCAGAACCUUGACAUUAAGCUACAAACUCUAGGACCCUUUUUUAGAAUCACAGCCAAGAGUCUUGAAACUCAAAAUGAGCUUGGGAGAGCUGAAGGGCUUAUAAGGUUAUGGUUAAAAGACAAGAUUCUUCAUUUAGAUUCAAUAAGAUUGAAAAGAGAGACGCUUGUCAUGGAAAAAUCCAUCUUUGGCAUUGGUUUGUUCAUUGGAGCUGUUGCUAUUCGGUAUGGUUAUGACUUUGGUUGUAAGACCGCUGAGUUGCUUGCUAUUAACGACUCUGAUCUUUACCAUUUCAAGCUUCUCAGGUUCUAUAAAAGAAUUGGGUUCAAGACUGUAUAUGAAGUAACAGGCUCAACUGUAGGAGACCUUCCUCACAUGUUGGUCUGGGGUGGCAUAGGAACAAGAAUGGAUGUUGAUGUUGAAGAUCUUCUAAUAAAUUGGUGUGCCAGGUUUAAGAGUCGAGAAUGAAUGUUGAGAUCCAUUGCUCAUGCAGUUUAUCCUGCAAUCAUGAGGUUCAAAGGCUGGAAUUCUGAACUGAAAUGAAUUAUGUUUGGUUGAAGGCAUUGGCCUAAAUUAUUGCCCUGACCUAUUAGCUUGGAGAAAUAGAAUGAUUUUCCCGGAAAAUGCUCAUACUUUUCGGUUGGUACCAAGAUGCAAAUACAUUUUAUUGCAGGUUUGAUGGGGCCAAAAGGAAGGAAAAGGUACUGCUCUUUCUAUAUGAUGGCAAAUUUCACUGGGAAGACUCGAAGUAUAAGUGAAUGCUACUUAAACUUGCAAGUCAUUACAUUUCCCUCAUAACAAUGAUGCUCAAGCACAGAGCUUACAUGAAGAAACAUCAUUGAUUACAUAUUUAUCUACAGUUUUCUGAUACUGGUUAAAUACUCUGUUCAAGAUUUUGUAGGUGUU